GACAAACUGAUCUUUGCUUUUGAAUUGAUCAUAUGAUUCAACUGGGCUUGCAUGAGGGACUGUUUUUUAGUAAAUGUCUAAAACAAAGGUAAGGAACCUUUUUCAACUUGAACGCCAUUUGCUUCCUCUACCCAGCCUUCCUUUGGCUCACUGCCUUUCCAAAUCAGACUGUGGAUGACGUCAGAGCAGUUCAGCCAAUGGUGGCAAGACAAGAGGCUUUGGCUCUGCGCAAUGCUGAAAUUGCUGACAAGCAAACCAGGAGGGAAGCUGAUGCUUUUCAGCUGCAAUUAAUCUUUAUAUAUACCCUUUCCAAAAAAAAUCUGCCCGGUGACAUCCUUCAGUAACUGUCACAACAAGGUGUUUGCUUUUACCUUUAGCACAGAUGCCAGAUGCCUUUCUCAGGGUUAAUUAAUCAAAGCGACUUGUUAAUUAGGUGACUUUCUACUGUAUAGGUAAGCUAUAUGGAGUUGGCAGCGUCCCCUUGUCCUGUCAGGGCAUAUAAUUGCUUUAAAGAGGUAUAGCCUUUGCCAGGCAGCCGAGCGUGUGAUGGAAACUGCAGGGGGGCUGGCUCUGGUGCAGCUUAUUAGCCCAUCUGCUUCGUAAAGUACAUUGUGAUGCACUUGCAGAAAUGAUUUCUAACAGGAGAUGAAAAAAUGUACUUUGCAAAACUGUUCACAGGUGGAGGACGCCGCCGUUGUUGCCCUGGAUCAAGAGGCAAGUUUGGUUCAGAGUAUUAUUGUUGUUGACAGUGGUGUGCCUAUUCUUCCUCUUCACUUGCAUUGAUGUUUGUUUUAAUAUUGGGAAUAGGAUGCAGGUGGCGCUGUGGUCUAAACCACAGAGCCUUCUGGGCUUGCUGAUCAGAAGGUCAGCGGUUCGAAUCCCUGCGACGGAGUGAGCUCCCAUUGCUCUGUCCCAGCUCCUGCCAACCUAGCCUUUCAAAAGCACGCCAGUGCAAGUAGAUAAAUAGGUACCACUGUGGUGGGAAGGUAAACAGCGUUUCUGUGUGCUCUGCUUUCCAUCAUGGUGUCCCAUUGUGCCAUAAGCGGUUCAGUCAUGCUGGCCACAUGACCCGGAAAGCUGUCUGGGGGCAAAUGCUGGCUCCUUCGGUGAGAUGAGCGCCACAACCCCAUAGUCGCCUUUGACUGGCUUAACCUUUACCUUUUCCUUUUUUUAUCCUUUAUUGGGAUGAGAGAAAGGAAUGGUAUGGGAUUGGGCUGUGUAAUGAUUUAUCAGCAUGCAGGCAAAUUCAUACUAAAUAAUUUAGUUCCACAGCUUCUUCAGGCUAAGUCCCCUGUCAAUUUAUAUGGGAGAGAGAUCCCUCUGUCUUCUUAGGAGAUGGGGUUUUGACCCACUAAACAUUUCAUUUGAUACAUGCCAAGGAUAAAACAUCUUAUAGGAAUGGGGAAAUCCACAUGCAAAUCUUCGCUCACCAGUGGAGCUCACUGGGUGACCUUGGGCCAGUCACUACCUCAGCCUUGCCUUCCUCACAGAAUUGUUGCAUAGACAAAAUGGAGGAAACUGUGUUCACCACCGUGAAUUGCUUUAAGGAAAGGUGAGGUGUCAGAAACAGUAGCAUAUGUCAUGGUGGAGCUUCAAUAUUCACUGGAUCUUCAGGUAAUCACUACAGCUUACUGGGAGCGAGGAAAGGAGGGGUGAGGCUGUGGUAAGCUUGGUGCAAGCCACACCAACAGAACCAAUGCCAUUCUCACUGCCUUGGGUGUUAGGUGAGUGCCACCCCCAUACCCAACACCAAUCACAGCUGAUUCUUUUUAAAAGUACUGUAUUUUUCCGUUUAUAAGACUAGAUUUUUUCCUAAAAAUAAUGUCAAAAAUUAGGGGGCGUCUUAUACAUGGAUACAUCUCCUCCCAUUUUCUUAACUCUGAGUCCCCCAAAAUAGGGGGCAUCUUAUACAUGGGGGCAUCUUAGAGAUGGGAAAAUAUGGCAAUUUUAUUAUAAACGCAUAAACUGGGGAAGCAUUGGCCCAUGACACAACACGAUAGUAAAUGAUUAAUUUGAUCUGUGUCGGAGCAAUUUCAAGACCAGCUUACCAGAUCACCCAUGCUUGCUUUUUUUUAAAAAAAAAUAGCCUUCACAAUCUCCCUCCUUAGGUAUCCUGCUUUUUCCUGUGUGAAAGAGUGACGGUUCUACACCAAUUUCAUUUGGAGAUGAUGGUUUAAUUUGCAUGAGCCCUCAUGUGGCAAGAGAUGCUAGGAGUUACUAUGUGAGGGACAACCUUUGGCUGUGUGGGAAUAAUUUAAGAUGGUAAAUAAUACCUGAUGUCUAGGCUUCCCUUCCAGGUGUUUCGAUGAAUUUAUACAUCUUUGUAGCAGCCAGGAGCUCCUAUGCUGAGUCAGUUCAGGGCAUUUUUUUAUGAUGUGUGAAAGCAUAAGCUGUCUUUUGUUAACUGCUUUCUCUAAAAAGCUUGCAACUUCAUUUAUCUUUAUGUGGCAUCUUAUUGUUUAAUUUAAUUUCUGCACUAGCUUAAUAGUUUCCAUGUGUGUGUGUUUAAUGUGCUAAACUAAAAUGUUGCUAAUGUUUAUUUCUACCUUGAGAAAGAAAUUAUCUCUGAAACCAAUGCCAUCAAAAAUAGAUUUCAGCAUUGGUCUCAGUAAACUGCAUAUCAGAGUAAUUAAAUUCAGCACCUUAAUGAACUUCAGAUUCAAAACUUGCACUCCAGAAGCCCUAUGGGGAUUAUGCUGAUUUGAAAAGAUAUAAAGUCUGUCUAAAAGAGAUAGGAAUAGACAGAGAAAUCAGAUAAACACAGACUGGCAAAUGAAAUGUGAUAUGUGCCGCUGAUAUUUUCAUUAAUGUUUUUCCUCCUGACAAGUUUUCCCAUCAUCUGGGAAGAUCACAUUUUGCUAUCUCUGAUAUUUAUAUGUCAUGUCUCCCAAAGCUGCUUUUCAUGAUCUGAGGAGAAGCCAGAGUAUUAAAAAGCUUGUUAUAUUACAUGUGCUGGUAUACAAUGUGUAGUUUGAUCAGUAAUAAUAACAAUAAUAAUAAUUUAUUAUUUAUACCCUGCCCAUCUGGCUAGGCUUCCCCAGCCACUCUGGGCGGCUUCCAACAAAAUAUUAAAAUACAGUAAUGCAUCAAACAUUAAAAGCUUCCCUAAACAGGGCUGCCUUCAGAUGUCUUCUAAAAGUCUGGUAGUUGUUGUUCUCUUUGACAUCUGGUGACAUCUGGUGGGAGGGCGUUCCACAGGGUGGGUGCCACUACCGAGAAGGCCCUCUGCCUGGUUCCCUGUAACUUGGCUUCUCGUAGUGAGGGAACCGCCAGAAGGCCCUCGGCACUGGACCUCAGAGUCCGGGCUGAACGAUGGAGGUGGUGACACUUCUUCAGGUAUACUGGACCAAGGCCAGUUUGCAGAACCAAGGAAUUGGCCAGGACUGAAGAUGUCCUUAGAAAGAAUCACUUCUGGCUUGAAACAGUGGGGUAAGCUCUCUUCCCUAUGCUACACCACCUGGUGCCCUCCAGCAGGUGUUGGCUGGGGCUGAUGGGAGUUGUAGAUCAAAACAUCUGGAGAACAUGAGGUAGGCAAAGGCUGGCCACUCUCCAGAACUUUACCUGUUUAGUUCCCACCAUGGAAUAGAAACAAAAGUAAAAAUGUGCUCCUCUGAUUUGCAAGGCAUUUCUGCUAGAGAUUUUCUGUGGCACACUCCAUCCAGCAAAGCAAAUCUUUAAAAUACCUCCUUCUUAAGAAGAUGCUGAAAGGGGUGGGGCGAAGAGAGAGAGAAAUCUUCCUUGUGAAAAGCCUAGCAUUUAAAUUCUUUAGACUGUCAUGACCGUCACUUUGCUAUUAAUCCGAACCUCUACUGUGCCGCAUUAGGAUUUCACACACCUUUGGAGCUUAAAAGAGGAUGGCAUUCAUUUUUCAGGCUAAGUCAGGAUCAAAGAAUAUCUUUCUCCUUCUCUCAGUCGCAUAAAUAUGGCUCACAUGCCGCCCGCCUACCAGCAGUGUUUACCCUAGACGCUCCAUGGGCCCCAAAGCAUGUGCAUACAGGGGAUUGUCAGGACUUUGAUUCGUGAUAAAUUUCACACAAAGAAAGAAAUAGCCGACAAAAUCAGAAAUGCGGGUCAAUUGAUGCUAAAUCAGUGGCAUUAAUAAUGCUUAUUUCAGAAGUGGCCUGGAUUCAAGAGAAAGAGGAUUUGAAAAACAACAACAGCAGCAGCCCUGGAAAAUUACAGAAAAGACUGCAAUGCUCAUACUAAGGAAACAGGUAAGCAUUUUAUUAUUGGAAAUUCCUUAAGUACCUUUUAUGAUAUUGUGGUCAUAUUUUCCCAAUGUAUAUCUUAUCAAUGCACCUUUCCAUCCUCCCUAUCAUUUUGCCCCAUGCUCUACAGUGCAUAAAAGGCUGAGAAACUGUUGUCUGUUGUUCGGGUGAAUGUGCCAGAGGCAAGGUAGACCCAGGAGUGGAGCAUUAUGAUGUGAACCCGUUGUUCAAAUAACAAGGCAACCCUACCAUUAGGCGGUGACACAAUCACUUCUCGAGGAAGCCAUGAUGCCCCCUAUGCCAUUUCCCAUGAGCCAUUUCAUUCUGUUGGAGAUAAGUUCUAUGUGUGGCCCAUGCCCGUUAUGUUACCACAUUGCCACUGUUGAAGUAAGACUCAACUGUGUUAUAUGCUGGGAUGUGUGUAUGUUAGAUGCUGGGAUGCCAUUGAAGUCAGUUUGGAAACAGCAGCUGCUGCAGGAUUCAGCAGCCAGGUUGCUCACUGCAGCAAGGUGAUUUGAACACAUACCACCAACCCCCUGUGUGUUUUUUUGCAAAUCUUUUUUUUAUUGAUUUUCAUUUUUCCCCAAAUUGAUCACUAAUUAAAACAUAUUAAAUUAAAUUAAAACAAAAUAACAUUUUCCCAAAUCUGAACAAAUUCAACAUUUUCCCAAAUCUGACUUCCUGCACGCCCUCCUGAAUGUGUCAAUGGUUCUCCUUGAUGUUGCAUCAUAUUCCCCAGUUAACUCUAGUUUAACUUCGAACAUUACAAAUAACCUUACAUUACAAUAUACAUUGGUAUCUCUGGAUGCGAACGGGAUCCGUUCCGGAGCCCCGUUCGCAUCCUGAAUAGAACAUAACACGCAACUGUGCAUCUGCACGUGCGUGGGUCACGUUUCGCUGCUUCCACGCAUGCGCGUGAAGUCAUUUUGAGCGUCUGCGCAUGCGCAAGCUGUGAAACCCAGAAGUAAUGUGUUCUGUUACUUCCGGGUCGCCGCGGAGCGUAACCUGAAAACGCUCAACCUGAAGCAUAUUUAACCUGAGGUAUGACUGUCCUUGCUUUUUUAAAACUUAACUCCUUUUCAGACAACUAUCCACCAACCAAUUGCUGCACAUUUAUUAAAUGAACAUUUCCAGUUUCAACAAGUGAGGUUACUUUUCCAAUUGUCAAUCCCUUGAUUAACAUUAAUUAGCAUAGAAAAGAAGAAGAACUUCCUCUCUUUGCAUCUGUGAUACACUGGCUACCCAUUAGUGGCUCAACCCAAGUCAAAGUGCUGGUUUUUUAUUUAUAAAGCCAUAUGUUCCUUGGGACCCCAAUACUACAUGGACCAAAUUACAAACACCAAGAAAUUUAAGUGGAAGCUAUACUUAUUUUAAAAGAUAAUUUGAGCAUGCCCAAGUUGGAAUGUUUGGUUGCAAUGGCCCAUGAAACCAUUUGUGUCCAUAUGCAUUCUACUGUGGGGAAACCACGCAUUUCAAGAAAGAUCCAGGGGUGAGGAGCCUGUGACUCUCCAGAUGUUGUUGGACUAAUGUUCCUGAAAUAUACUCAGAGUCGAGUGUGGAUUUCAUGCUCUUUAUUCAGCUCACAGUAGCAAGGAAUGGAAGUUCCCCCACAAUAUCCGCUUUAUAUACAUUAUUUACACAAUGGGCCAGACGUGAUUGGCUAAUUUCAGGAUUCUCCUGUAGGCCAAUCAGGUUGCGGAUUCACUUCCACCUGGAGCUGGAUUGGGUGGCUCCUGUGGACCAAUCAGAGUGCUGCAUUCUGAAUCCUACUGUUCUAGGACCAAUCAGACUGCUGCAUUUUGGAUCCUAUUGUUCUAGGACCAAUCAGACUGCUGCAUUUUGGAUCCUAUUCAGCUCAGUACAUAACAGUUCCCAUGCUGUCUACUAGGUCUAAUAGGAAUUGGAGUCCAACAAGUCCCCCCAUUCCUGCUAUAGGCCAUCUUUGUCAUUUUCUCUUUGUUUAUCAUUCCUACCCCUUUCUCUGGAUAGGGACGCGGGUGGCGCUGUGGGUAAAACCUCAGUGCCUAGGACUUGCCGAUCGUAUGGUCGGCGGUUCGAAUCCCCGCGGCGGGGUGAGCUCCCGUCUUUCGGUCCCAGCUCCUGCCCACCUAGCAGUUCGAAAGCACUCCUAAGUGCAAGUAGAUAAAUAGGUACCGCUUUAUAGCGGGAAGGUAAACGGCGUUUCCGUGUGCUGCGCUGGUGCUGGCUCGCCAGAGCAGCCGGCCACGCUGGCCACGUGACCCGGAAGUGUCUCUGGACAGCGCUGGCCCCCGGCCUCUUAAGUGAGAUGGGCACACAACCCUAGAGUCGGACACGACUGGCCUGUACGGGCAGGGGUACCUUUACCUUUACCUUUUACCCCUUUCUCUGUGUGUGUGUGUUUUUGGGGUUUUUUUUACAUCUCUCACUUCUGUCUGUAUUUCAGGUGAAUUCUGAAAGAUUGAAAGCCCGGCACAAGGAGCAAUUGAAGGGAGUGCGAGAAUCCCUACACAGGUCUUUCAGAUCUGUUGUGUGGUUACAGAGAUGUUGAUAUUGAUAGCAAACAUCUAUUUCGGAGAUGUCACAAUAGAAGUACCUAUGUGCAAACAUGUACUUUAUUUUCCCUUCCCUCCCUCCUCUUUGUGAAAGCAAAAUCAAUACCAAAACUAUAUUGUAGCUGUAUUUUUACAUCGGAGACAUAACGCUUUUGAGAGUCAGUACAAAGGCUUUCAACAAAAAAUAAAGCCUUUCAGUUUGCUCACUGGACAUAACCACAAUGCACUGUGUUAAGCUGGUUACCCAGAGACAUGUUUCUAACGGAAUCAUAUAGUUAAUAAGCUCAGUGUGAAAAGCUGUAGGUUACAUCUUUUAUCCACGGCUUGUUUAUGGUAAACAAAAUACAAC